UCUCCUCCCACAUCCACUCCUCCAAGUAGCAGCCGAGGUCAGGAUCUUUGGUCGGGAGCACAGGAGCCGGAGCCGAGGUAAGGCUUCGCAAGUAAUUCAUCAUGGAAGUCAGCGUGUCAAAUCUGCCUUGUGGGACCUAUCUGGAAACGUGGGAGCAAGAACGUGAAGCAAUGAAUUCAGUUGGCGAUGAAAAUCCUUUUGAAGGAAAGAAUGGUUUGAAGGGGAGUCAAGAUACCUGGAAGCAGAAUGCUGAGGUGGCAACGAGUCCAAUCCAAGCAGACAGCCAAGAAUGCCAGCAUAAUGGGAAAUUAGUAAAUGCACAAUCCUUGCCCACGUUUAAGAUUUCUUUCAGCCCAGAGCUGGAGGUUUCCCGAAGUCCUUGCUUCGAGUUUGACAGAUUGGCUCCUGCCAGGGUCUCUUUGUCUCCAUCCCUUCGGAGAAUGAGGAGAAAGAUGGUGAUGCCGCAACCACUGCAGGGGUUCUGCGAGUUGGGGAGGCCGCUCGAGGACAAUGAAGACCCUGCGCUCUCCGGCAACCCACCGAGUUCGAGUCCGGCGAGUCCAUAUUGGAGCGGCCAAGGACCGCCGUGCAAAGAGACUGUCCGACAGCCGCAACAAGACGGUGCACAGUGUGUCAAAGGCCUUUUAGCUACAAGCCAGAUAAACAGUGACUGUACACAGAGCACCCCUCAGACUGAUACAGGCAACCCUCUGUGGGCUCGGCGAAGAGGGGACUGUCCCUUCCCUCCACUGGAUAAUCUUCAGCAGAAUACCCAAGACUCAAAGCCUGAAAGGUACCCGUACACCCGCAGAGACAGCUCCGUGGUCGUUUGUUUACCCGGACUCGAGAUAUUUCCAGGGGAUUUACUCAUCUCUAACGACGCAGAACACCUGUACCGCACGGCAUCGACACCCACUCUCAGCACAGAAUCAAAGAAGUUGAAAUGGCCCUUCACAAAGCGAGGACAGAUUAAAGUGAAGCAAAAGCCACUGAGCGAGCUGGAAAACCUCCUGGCAACAUUUGAGAUCACAGAGCAUGACGAUCACGGCUUACACCAGUACAAGGGCAAGAGCUGGCAAGAGGUACUGAAGCAUCAGAACCCAGAGAGCGGGCGUGGGCAGAAGGAGAAGAAGCUGCAGGAGGCCAUGUGGGAGAUCUUCACCACGGAAUGUACCUACUUCAGGGAUCAGCUCCUGGUGAUGGAGGAGGUUUUCCUGAACACUUUGACAUUUCUGCAGAGCGGAGGGUGGCUGCUGGAUGUUGACCCGCGGAGACUGUUUGCAAACCUGAACGAACUGUCCAAGGUGAGUUUGGACUUCCUGACCAAUCUGCUGGAUGCAAUUGAGAGCUCCUGGGAUCUAUCAUCUCUACUUGCCGUGCUGUCAAAGUUUCAGGACUGUGUGUGCAGUAGUCAUCAGAAGUAUUGCCUGAACUAUUCUUCGGCUAAUUUCUACCUCAAUAAUCUGAAGACAAGGGAUGACUUUGGGAUCUUCCUUAAGUGGUGCGAGCAGAAGGGCCAGUGCAAGCGACUGCACCUCUCCGACCUGCUGGUCUCGCCACUGCAGAGGCUGACCAGAUACCCGCUCCUCCUGAGGAGUCUCUGUAACAGAUGCACGGAGGCGGGCAUGAAGCAGGAGAUCGAAGCCAUCAUGGAACGCGUGGACAACUCGAUCUGUGAUCUGGACGGGAAAGUGAAAUGGCUGGAGAGGAUCCAGAAGUUUCAGCAGCUCCAGGAGAUCAUCGUUUGGCCUCCUGUCUGGGAGAGAAACAAGAAAGCCUUUGUACCUGAGAGUCUUCGCCACCUGCUGAAAGACAACAGUGCGGACAAUCUCCUCUCACCGGCCAACAGACAGCUUGUAUACGAAGGGAGGCUGACUCUGGUGGGGGCUACAAAAUUCCUGGACGUACAUUUGUUUCUUUUUGACGAUUUACUCCUAAUCACUAAGAUCAAACAUGUUAAAAAGAAAGCAGCCCUGGACACUGGCUUGAGAAACUCUUCUCCCAUUCUUGAACUACAAGCCCUGGGCAGGGAUGGAGUGCUGUGCAGCGUACUGGAACAACCCAUCCCACUGGAUAGAUUAACACUCAAGAACAUCGAUCCCUUCCAUUCAGCCGGCUGUGGAUUGCGUGACGCUUUUCUAAUCGUACAUCUAAACCGCUACCACCAGUCCAUAGGAAUCUUCACACUUCAAGCACAUUCCGAGUCGGCUAAGAAAACAUGGAUGUCGCACAUCGAGUCAGCAUCCGCGGCGUACAGGGACAUUAUCGACCCCCCUCACCCACGCUUCCGACCAGCGGUGCAGGAAUCGUCAGAAAUCUAACUCCUGCUAAAACUCUGCCGUUGCCCAGAUCUGUUCAGCGUAUUUUGGAGAGAAAAAAAAUAUCUACCUCUUGCAUUCAAUUUUGCAAAUACUUCUCGGUUUUUAAUAAACGUGUCAAUGCUUUUUAAA